CUUGGGACUGGAUGAACAAUAAUAUUUAAAAAUUUCAAAAGGGUCGAGAAGAUGUGUUUCUGCACCGUGCUUGUUCUAAAGAUCUCAGUGGUGCUUAGCAUUCUUUUAUUGGUACUUUUCAAUGUAUUGGACAUAAUUGAGGGCGGUCAAAACCUAAACGAGGUAACAAUGAAAGGCAAACUUCUGCUCGUGCUGUGCUUCGUCUUGAACUCCUUCCUUAUAGCCAUCCUCUGUGCGGGCCUAUAUGCGGCGAUACGCCAGAAUCUUAAGCUUAUGCAAAUGCUUAUUUUCGCAUUGGUUAGCUACUUCCUGGGGAAGAUGUCGCUCUGGAUCGUUGCUGGGAACCAGGGAGGAGUCGUCGAGCUGGUGGUCACCCACCACUGGUACAAGCUGACUUUGGUUGCAGCGGUGAUCUGCAUUUUGCUGCUUACGUGUUUUUGCCUGAGGGUAAAGGAUGACGAUGGUGAAGACCCCCCGUUUCGUUAGGAAAUUUUGGGAAAUACAUACCUGAGAAUAUUCCGUCUAUACCAUGAGCAAUUAAUGUGAUUAUUAUCAAAUACAAUCUUGUAUAA